AGGGACGGGGCGGGGCCGGCAGGGCGACACCGCCUCCUUAAAGCCCGGCCGCUGGCGUGGUGCGCACCCCUCGGGCGCUGGCUCCCAGAGCGCGCCGGCCAUCCCCUCGGGCGGGGGGUUGCGCUUCGCGUCCGCGUGGGCACAGGUCUCUCCAGAGCAGGGCCCGCAGCGGUGCCGCUUCCCCGCCGAGCAUGGGGGUGCCUCGGAGAGCGGGGGACCCGGCGGAGCUGCGCAAGAGCCUGAAGCCACUGCUGGAGAAGCGCCGGCGCGCGCGCAUCAACGCGAGCCUGAGGCAGCUCAAGGGGCUCAUCCUGCCGCUGCUGGGCAGGGAGAGCUCCCAUUACUCGAAGCUGGAGAAGGCGGACAUCCUGGAAAUGACCGUGCGCUUCCUGCGGGAGCUGCCUGCGUCCUACCGCGCGGCCCGCACGCAGGCGCCCUCGGACGGCUACGGAGAGGGCUACCGCGCCUGCCUGGCACGCCUGGCCCGCGUGCUGCCCGCCUGCCGCGUCCUGGAGCCCGCGGUGAGCGCUCGCCUGCUGGAGCACCUGCGAGGGAGGGCGAGCGGCCCCGCCCCAGACGCUGGGCGCGCUGGGGACCCCUGCGGCCGGCCCAUGCCCUCCCCGCCGCCCCCACCUGCCCCCGCGCCGCCGGCGCCUCCCCGCGGCUCCGGCUUCUGGAGGCCCUGGUAGCCCCCAGCCGGUCCCCCGACCCGCUGACUGCAAGACACCCGGAGCGCUGGGAGCGCUGGGCGGACCAAGGAAACUCGUGGUGUCAGCUGCUGUUUCCACCCCGAGGGACCAGCUCAGCACCCACAACCAGGCUGGAACCUGGAUGUUUGUGAUCUGUGUGGCAGGCUGAAGGCUACGCGGGCUCAGCUCCAGGGAAUGAGAGUGGCCCAGCCUCACCUCAAUGUGGGUGUGUCUGGGAUGGAGAAGGGGGCAGGUGGCUGCAAGGGGAGGAAGAAGCUCCCCUCCUCAGCUGCUGGAAGUGGCUCUAGAGCUGGGCCAGCUGUGUUUGGGCAGCCGGCACACCUGCCCCAGCACCGGCACCAACCCAAAGGCUGGCCCAGGAGCUCACCUGAGCCAGGUGCAGCCAUCUGUGCUGACUGGUCACUGCUUCCCAGGCCUUCUAGUGCCUGCCCCCUUACUGGUUCAGCUUGGGAACCUCUGGACCGACAACAGCAAUGACCCGAGGGGCUCUGCGGGCUGGGCAGCCAUCACCUCCACUCCUGGGCUCUCCUAUCCAGUGCUUUCAUUUAUAGGGACAGGGUGCAGCCAGGGCUCUCUGUUGCUGGGGAUGGAGGCAUUGUGAGAUCGCCUCUGGGAGGACUUUAUUUCCCCGAGCAUUAAGUGACCACCUGUGUACCACACACCAGUCUAGGGGGGCUUGGGGGUGAUGAAGGGGUGGGAUCAGAAGGAGGGUGCCCUGUGGCCUCAAGAAAUCUUGAUGCUUUGGAGGGGUUGCACCCAACAGAGUCAGUGCCAAUGUGAUGUGAGCAGGGCCUAUGUCCCGGAGCAGCAGAAAUUCAAUUUGCUUGCAGAUAACAGCAAGUACAGGAAUAGGAAACACCUUUCCUUAUUUUCUCUUGCAGACUGCUCCCUGCUCCUUGUCAGGACAGAUUCCUGCAAGCCACUUGUUCUUCAGACUGCUUUUCCCUGUGCCUAGAAGCAAGGGGAGUCUGAAGAUACUCAGGGAGGGGCCUGUGGACCCCAGUCAUAGGUGCCCAGGAGAAGGCCGGAGCACCUGAGGCCUGCUGGUCAUGUUUCUGUUUCACAGGGAUUCACUGAGCAUUCGAGGGAGGUUGGGACUCCCAACCAUCCCCAGUCCAACAUCCUGAGCAAGGAACCAGGAGCAAGGGACAGCGGAGCUGACAGGAUGGGGGUGUUCACUAGGGUACAACUAUGUCACAAAAACCCAUGGUGUCCUCGGCAUUGAUGUGGAUGGUGAGAUGUGGGCAGCUGUGGGCACUGUCAAAGGAAUCAAUGUUAAGACAGGAGGUGAGCUUCCCAGUGCUCUCUUGGGCCCAGCUGGUUGGAUUGGAAGGUCCUGGAGGGCAGGGUUAGGGCUGAGUGUACCUCUGUAUCCCCAGGGAACUCAGCAUGUGGUGGCUGCUCAAUAAAUAUCAUGAGCUAAUGAACAGGUGAUGUGACUGGAUCACAGCUGUACAGAAUCCCUUGGCCUCAACUCCUACCCCUAAUCCCUAAUGUCACUUAGAAUAUCUGCUCUACCAAAGCCUGUGUACCCCGAGGACAAAUGUGGGGGAGAGUGUGGAGAGCAGAGAGAGCAUGCUUGCUUGCUUUCCCUGAUCCUGAGAAUGGAAGCCUACUCUCCUGAUCUGCCAGGAGCAUGUGGAGCAGGGGCAGGUAACCCAACCCAAGCUCACACCCACCACAUAAUGUCAAGUUCCCUCGUUGGGUCAAGGACUCUGCGUUGGGCACCCACUGAGCAGGCUUCUUUUCCCUGAUAAAUAAGAGCUUUCCAUACAGAUUUGACCUCUAUAAGAACUGAUCAACCUGAGGCCUCUUUCCUCCUUUGGGUCAUUUUUGCCACUUCUUGCUUCUGAGUGCCAUCUGGGUCCUCAACCCUGUGACUCUCAAUGACUUGACUCCAAGCUAUAAUACAAGUGGUCAGGGAGGAUCAGAGCUUAGGCCAGUGACUCACAGGAUCAGGCAUUCCAGGGAACAUGAACCAGGUGCCUCCCCUCGCCUGGAGCCCUGACAGAGAGCUGAGGCAUGCCCAGCUGGGUGAGGUUCCAGGCCCAUGGUGAGAGGCUGGUUUCCCAGCAGGGAUGGGCAAGAGCUGCCCAGAAAGUCUGAGCUGGGCCUCCUCUACGGAACACCUGCAGGCACCUCCUCAGGUGUUCCUGAAGGGAGUGCAGGGCAGUGUGGGCUUUUUCUAUGGGGGAGGGAGGCUGCUUUACUCAGGGGCAUUUUGUGAUCUUCAACUUGGCCCAUAUCGUGCCUGCUGGCCAGCUUUUAUGAUGCCCUCUCUGCUAUGAUCCCAUGCUUGAAUCUAACUAUGGUUAUCAUGCUUGGUUGGAGAAAAGGCUCCUGUGUCUCUCAUAAACCAAUGGGUGAAAUGAUCCAAUGACCAGAGCACUGAGCUGUCUGGGAAACUCUACAUGGCCUCCCCACCCCCGGCGUCAGUUUGUUUAGAGAGGUCAAAUCUCCUUUCCAUGAGUGAGGAUAAAGAGCUGGUUGCCAAGGACGACUCCUUUAAUAAACAUUUACAAAUUGC